AUGGCUGAACUUUUAAUUUCAAAAAUAAUAGAUGGGCUCAGUGAUGUUUUGUUGAAGCAAGUUGAGGAGAGAGUUAAUUUGGUGGCCGGUGUUGAAGUGGAGGUGCAAAAUCUCUCUUCCAAACUAACAAAACUCGAAAACUUGUUAGGUGAUGCUGCGAGGAGAAGACUGCAGGAGAAGAAUGUUUCCAUAUGGCUGGAAGCGCUUGAAGGCAUCACUCACGAGAUGGAAGAUGUACUGGAUGAAUGGAACAUCAAGAUUGUUCGUCCCCAGGAGCUUGAUCAGCAGGGAGGCGGGAGCUCAAGUACAGUCUCUAGCAUUCUUAGGAAAGUACCCCCGAGUUUUAGCCAAAUGCUCCCCCCUGAAUAUAGGCGCCCCAUGACAACCUCCAUCUUUGAUGAAUCAGAGGUCCAUGGUCGAGAUCCUGAUAAGCAUUCCCUGAUUAAGCACAUGGUUUUUGAGGUUAAGGGUGAUAAUUCAGGAUGUUUCAGAGGAAGAGUUCGCCACUUGUUGUUGAUUGGCAUGAAAACAUCAACUAGUGUUUCCAUAAUCCCUGACAUAGGCAAGGCCUUGGACGUCAGUUGGUGCAAGCGGCUUAAGUAUCUUCCUCCAAGGAUUGGAGACCUUGUACAUUUGAGACACCUUCACAAUGAUGGGACAUUGAAACUCUUGAACCAACUCGAAGAAUUGCAAGUUGAUGUUCAUGGUAGUGAUGUCGAUUUUGAAAAUGCUCUUUUGGAAAACAAAAUCUACUUGUAUAAGUUGACGUUGAGAUUUGAGAUGAGACAUGGCUAUGAUUCAGAGAAUGAGAGUUUGGUGGAGAUGAUAAAGUUAAAACCACCUCCAAUUCUACAAGAGCUUCAGUUGUAUGAUUACCCGGCAACCCAAUUGCCCGAGUGGAUUGUAGCCCAACCGCUUGUUAAUAAUUUAAGAAGUUUGGCUUUGCUUGGUGCUAAGGUUUCAUCAUUUCCUUCUUUAUGGAAGUUGUCAUCACUUGAAUCCCUCACUUUCGGGUUUCUUCCAAACAUAAAGCACAUAGGUCCCGAAUUCUGUGGACUAGUUGAUGAUCUAUCGGUAGAAGACUCCUGUGAAGGUGCUACAAGCUCACUGGUGGCAUUUCCCAGUUUGAGAAGAUUAAGCUUUAUUUCUUUUUGGAGUUGGGAAACCUGGGAAGACAUAUCUGAAGAAGAUGAAGAGAACAUGGAGAAUGGUAGGAUCUCGAUCCUGCCACGCCUUCAGCAUCUCGAAAUUUUUGGGGUUGAUGAACUGAAAGCUUUGCCACAUCGAGUCCUUAGAAGGACAUCAUUGCUCAAAACCUAG